AUGUCAAUGCUACCUGGCCCCAUGGGCAUCACAGCCCCUACUGAGCAGAUCCGUGAAGAGGGAGCUUCACCAGAAGAGAUCCGCAAAAUGGAGCUGGCUGGCACCCACGUUGGCGUGCGCCAUCGCCAAUGGGGUCUGGAGGCUCGUCUGGAUCCAACGGUGACCUUUGAAGAGUUCACCUACUGGGCCAAGAUUGAGCGUGAGCUCGAGGAUGAGGAGUAUCGCCGCUACACUGCCGUGACUGCUGGCGGCGGUAUCCUGGGCUCCAUCAAGGGUUAUUUCAAGAACAACCCUUAUGAGGAUGCCAAGAUCCAGGAAUCCCGUGAGCUGCAGCAGGCCAACGAGCAGUCUCUCCAGGUCUCUGAAAAGAAGGCCGGUGUUGCCGUCAACGGCAGCGAUGAUGGCGCCGUCAGCCCUGUCUCGCCUCCUCCCUACGAUCUCGAUGCCGAGUGGCGCGUGGCUGCUCGUGCUCUGCGCAAUGCCGGCUGGGGAACUAUCUUCUAUCUGAUCACGACCGAUAUUCUGGGUUGGUCGCAGACCCCCUACGUCUUUGCCAACACUGGUUACGGUCUCGGUGUUGGUAUCUUCCUUCUUAUGGGUUUCGCUGCUUUCGCCUCUGGUAUCAUGAUCUGGAGAACCUUCCUCGGCCUCGACUCGUCCCGCUACCCGAUUGUCAGCUUCGGUGAUCCAUUCCUGCGUCUGUAUGGACCUCGCAUGCGCCACUUUAUCAACUUCAUGCAGUCGCUGCAGAUGUUCCUGAGUGUCGCCGUCGUUCUCCUCGGUAACACUGGUAUCAUUGCUCAGCUUGGUGGAAACGCCAACCUCUGCUAUGUCGUCUGCGGUGUCAUCUCGCUCGUCGUCGGUAUGGCCAGUGGUUACAUGCGAUCCCUCAAGCACCUCGGUUGGUUCUGCAACAUGUCGGUGUGGAUUAACAUCGUCACCUUCCUUAUCAUCUGCGUUGCUGCGGCCAAGCACGGCCCUGACCCGGCCGCUGCCGUUGACAACGGUAUCCUCAACAAGGCUUGGGACACCGUCGCUACCAUGGCUCCUGUCAAGACCUUCAUUGGCACUCCCCCUGCCGAGUACCAGCCCACCGACACCAACCUCUUUGCUGCUCAGUUCAACGGUAUCAACAGCAUGGUUUACGCCUACUCUGGCGCUGUCAUGUUCGUCGCCUUCUUGUCUGAGAUGAGACGCCCUAUGGACUUCUGGAAGGGUCUCCUCGUUGCCCAGACCUUCAUCACCGUUGUCUACAUCUUCUUCGGUGCCUUUGUCUACCACUACUACGGCCAGUACAGCUACAGCAACGUCAACCAGUCCGUCAACCCCAAGAACCUCCAGGUCGUCGGCAACGUCCUCUCCCUGCUGACCGGUUGGCUCGCCAUCUUCCUCUACUUCAACGUCGGCAUGAAAACCGUCUACCUCGAAGUCGGCCAAGCAAUCUUCAACCUGCCCGCCAUUUCCUCCAAGAGCGGCAAAUUCCUCUGGUGGGGACUCGGCCCCGUCUACUGGAUAAUCGCCUUCGUCCUCUCCAUGUCCGUCCCCGAAUUCAGCGCCUUCACAAACUUCGUCGGCGGCCUCUUCAGUCUCAACUUCACCUACUCCUUCUCCGGCGUCAUGUACCUGGCCUACAAGAUCCAGGACGGCGCCCGUCUCCCCGGCGAGGGCUUCGACCCUGCCACCGGCCAGACUACCCGUCUGGACCACGGCACUAAGCGGUGGAUCCGCGGUUUCUUGAACACUUGGAAGAUUAGUGUGCCCGUGCUUAUCUUUACUGGCUGUGGUCUCGCUACUUCCGGCAUGGGUACUUGGGCUGCUGUUUUGGCGCUGGAGUCUGCGUUUGGUCCUGGUGGUUCUGUUGUUACUUCUUGGACUUGUACUAACCCUUACUAUACUGGUUAA